UCCAAUCCUCAUCUGUUCUUCACUGUUGGAGGAAGGGAGAGAGAAAGAGAGAGUUUUUCACAAGUAAGCUGAUAGCAGUCUGCCGGGUGAGAGCGUCGGAGGAGCCAGCGAGCAGGUUGUGCGCCCUGGGACUGUUGGGAUCUAAAAAAGCUCACAGGGGAAAACGCAGAGCCGGAGGUGUCUGGAACCAGGAGCUGCAGAAGAAGAGGAGAAGGGACCACGCUGUGUGUGGGAAAAGAGUGACAGUUUCGUUUUCCGUCAGUAACAUCCCCUAGCAACUGUCGCCAUGGCAGCUGAGAAAGCUGAAAUAGAUGCACUGAAAAAGGAGUGCGAUGGCCUCCGCACGCAGAUUGAGGCGGCCCGUAAGGCCGUGAAUGACGGCAGCAUGUCAGCAUCUGCAGGGGGCGUGGCCGCGGUGGGCCGAGUGCAGCUGAAGCUCAGGAAGACGCUCAAGGGUCACCUGGCCAAAAUCUAUGCCAUGCACUGGUCAGCUGACUCCAGGUCAAUGGUCAGUGCAUCACAGGAUGGUAAGCUGCUCAUCUGGGACACCUUCACAGGGAACAAGUUGGUUGCUGUCCCACUAAAGUCAGCCUGGGUGAUGAGCGUCGCCUUCGCCCCCUCUGGUAACCUGGUGGCCAGUGGUGGUCUGGACAACAUGUGCACAGUCUACAACAUCAAGUCCGCCAGCCCCAAGACCCUCAGGGAGCUGGAUGCACACACAGGUUACCUGUCUUGCUGCCGUUUCCUUAGCGACACCGAGAUCCUGACAGCCUCUGGUGACACCACCUGCUGCCUGUGGGACCUGGAGACUGGCAAGCAGAAGAUUAUCUUCACCAACCACAUUGGAGACUGCAUGUCGCUGGCUAUGUCCUCCGACAUGAACACCUUCAUCUCUGGAGCCUGCGACUCUCUGGCCAAGCUGUGGGACCUGAGGGAAGGGACCUGCAAGCAGACCUUCAGCGGACACACCAGCGACAUCAACGCCAUCUCUUUCUUCCCCAGUGGAAACGCCAUCAUCACAGGCUCCGACGACUGCAGCUGCAAGAUGUACGACCUGCGUUCCGACCAGGAGGUGAUCGGUUACCAGGACAGCAGCCUGAACGCCGGCGUCACGUCUUUGGCUCUCUCCAACUCAGGCCGCCUUAUCUUUGCCGGUUAUGACGACUUCAACUGCCACAUCUGGGACUCACUGAAGGGAGAAAAAGUUGGUGUGCUGUCUGGCCAUGACAACAGGGUGAGCUGCACUGGUGUCCCCGAAGACGGUAUGGGCGUCUGCACAGGAUCCUGGGACAGCUUCCUCAAACUCUGGAACUGAGGCAUCCCAGCGGAGGAAAACACCAGGAGGAGAGGAGGAGGAGGGGGAGGAGAGAAAGAGGAAGAGGAGGAGGAGAGGAACUGGAGGAAAGGGGGAGUAAAAGGCUGAAGACAGGGAAGGGAAGUGAGGUUGGAGAUGUUUGGUGCAGAUGUUCGAGGACAGGCCUUCCUCUCUUCCUCUCCCCCUCUCUUCCUCUUCCCCUCUUACUCAUUCAUGUAUGCAAAAUAUGAGAGGCUGCGAGUGAGUCACAUUGUAUAAAUGGCAUCAGGUGAACAGUGAGCGAUGCAUCCUGCUGUAUGUACAACAGAGUUUUAUUAUGACGAGACGAUGAUUUAAACACUGAAAAAAUAAAAGCGUUAAAAAAAAAAUAGCACCUAAUUCAAAAUGAUUACUGAGCAGAAAAGAAGCUCUUAUUGAGAAUGUCAAUUAAACACAAAUAGAUUUUUGACAAUAAAAAAAAUAAAGAACACAAGAAUAUUGAAAAUAAGACUAUAGCAUUACAGAUUUAUUUUUAUUGUCUUUGACCUGUAAAAGAGCCCUGGACUUAUUUAGAUGAAAGAUUGAUAUGUACAUUUAUUUCUAUUUUAUAGGUUAACACACUAGUUUAUGUACAGUGUCUUUUCUUUUUCUUUUUU